AUGGGAUUUAUCAUCAGUGCUCUCCAAGUCUGUCUGCACCUGUUCUCAGAUUUGCUGAGUGUGGUCAGUCCUGCUCAGCUAAAUAAAGCCAGCUAUGCCAUCAAAUGCAAAACAGAGAACUCUGUAGUUUGUGCUCAUGCUCCUAUUGUUGUGGAAGAGAAGGAACAGGAACAUAAAGAGUCAGGUGUAAAGGACAGUUUCAAGAAAUACACAGGCUCCACGUCUGUCUCCCCGACUCUGCUUUCACCCAAUACAGAGAUCAUCUAUCAGGUGCUGUUACAUGAGGACGUGUGCUUCCACACCCAUUCUCUGAUCCAGGAGAGGCAGCACAACAGUCUGUUAAAGACCUCAAGCACCCUGAACUCCAGCAGGUCUGUCACACUGUCUCACUGUUCACCUCCUGCGCGCCCCCCUCAGCCCUCACUGGAGCCCACAGGGCCCCUCGCCCUCCAUGGAGAGCAGGGAGAGGGAUGCGAGACCCUCACCCAGGAGAUCGGCCUCACUCCUGGGAACUUGAGGGAGGAUCCACUGCCAGCACAAGGCUUCCAUGAUGUCUCAACUCUCACAGAUCUGUGUUCCAGUGUGGAUCUGCCAGAGGUGGAGAUCGUCAGCUUGCUUACAGAAGAAUUGCCCAAAUACACUCUGCGGGCAGACCAUGUUUAUGGGUAUGAGCAUGACGACUGGCUGCACACACCUCUCCUGCCACCAGAGGCCGCUCUUGGACUUACACAUGAGCAGAUCGAUGAGACACUCAAGUACUUCUUGCUGUGUUCAGAGAGAGUUGGUCAAAUCACAAAGACGUAUCAUGACAUUGAGGCAGUUACACAUCUGCUUGAGGAGAAAGAGCGGGAUCUGGAAUUGGCAGCCCGGAUUGGCCAAUCGCUGCUCAAGCAGAAUAAAGCCUUGACUGAACGCAACAAACUACUGGACGAACAGCUGGAAAUUGCCCAGGAAGAGAUUUCUCAGCUGCGUCAUGAGCUCUCCAUGAGAGACGAUCUCCUGCACUUUUAUGCCAGCACUGAAGAUAUAGAGCAUGCCUCAGAAACACUGCUUAUACGGAAUGAUUCGUCUACAUCUCUCAGCAAUUACGUCAAUUACGACUUUCUGCAACAGAAACUCAAGGGUUUGGAAGAGGAGAACUUCAAAUUGCGCACAGAGGCUAAUGAGUUAACAUUUGAGACCAACAGUUACGAAGAACAAGAGCAACGGCUUAUGAUGGUGUGUGUGGACGAACUCACGUCAGCGAAUAAGCGGGCCGUAUCUCUGUCAGAUGAGUUGGCCCGGAAGGUGGAAGAUUCGCUAAGACAACAAGAGGAGAUUAGUGCCCUGCUGGGACAGAUUGUCGACCUGGAGCAGCGCUGCAAAGGGCUCACUGCUGAGAAUGAGGAGUUAACGCAACAUCUGAAUGCCUCCCGGGAAUCCCAGGCGCAGCUUAAAACAGAGCUGAAGGAACUUCAGGAGAGGUACUCGGAAAGUGAGGACAUGCUCCAUGAAGCCAGAGAGGACAUUAAAAACCUGCGCAAUAAGAGUCUGCCCAACAGCACUGUGCAGCGCUAUAGCACCCUGGCAGCGGUUUUCCCAAUGGAUUCACUUGCUGCUGAGAUUGAAGGAACCUUCCGGAAGGGCCUAGACAGCCCAGCACCCACUGAGUACAAGAAUCAUCCAUUGCGGGUGUUUGAGACGGUGAAAGUGGUCAAUCAUGCGGCUCGGCUACGUUCCCAGAAUCUCUCUCCCCAGGUUGCGGGUUCGAGCCCUGCAUCAUUGCGCUCUAGUCGAGUCAGUACACCACGGACCAGUUAUUAUGAAUCAGACAAUGUUAGCGUCAACCUGGAGGAUAAGCACUCGUCUCCAACACACACUCAGGAUCAUGGGUUGCUGGAGUUGAAGCGUUUGGGCCAGCCAGGUACGCCCGGUGGGCAGGAUUUAGAGGAAGCGCUACGGUCUCUCUCAGAGCGCCAGGAGAGCCACACGUCAGAGCGUCCGUUCUUCGAGGUGGAGCGAGAAAGGAAACUGCGCGCCCUGCAGAGUGGAAGCAGCGGCAGUGGCGGCGGGUCCAGCGGCUUCCUGACGCCCAAUGGCAGCGUUGCAUCCACAGGAACUAACUACUCUGGCACCUCCACGCAUUCGUCAGGCACAGGCUCCUCCCGCUCGUACCUGCCCGAACGGCUGCAGAUAGUCAAGCCGCUGGAGGGCUCAGUGACUCUGCACCAGUGGCAGCAGCUGGCCAAGCCCAAUCUGGGGGGUAUCCUGCUCCCACGGCCCGGUGUCCUCACCAAAGACUUCAGAGAGCUGGAUGGGGAUUUUCAGCAUGUCUACAGCCUCAACGACCUCGAGGAGGAUGAGCCUGAUCUGUCCAAAUUUCCCAAUCUCCUGCACGGCACUGUGGUCAGUUCAUCCAGACCUAGCGUCCCUCAGACCUCCCCCACACACCCGACCACUAGCUGUCAGAUCCUCCAUCCCUCUGUCUUCCUCUCCUCCUUCUCCACCAGCCUUCGGCCCCGCAGUGCGUCCGCUUGUGGGAGCUGUGAGCAAUUGAGGAAGUCAUCAGGCCUCGAGUGCGUCUCUGGGUCCACAUCACACCUCCACCCGUCCUCCUCCCUCGGACUGCUCCAACUUGUAUCCGAGCAUGGCAUCUCAGCCGCAGCCUAUCCUCGCCCUCCUCUCAUUCACUCCCUCACCGCAUCCUCAGAGGAAAGACAACAAGCCUUUGAUACAAGUGAAGUAAAAAGAGAAAAGGAACGGCAGAAAAACAUUUUCAGCGUCAACCUUGUGGAAAAGCUCAGAAGCCUGGGCCUGUACAAAGUGGUUGCCAGAGGAUUGAUGGAUUAUUAUCGAACAGAAAAACCAGACCCAUACAAUAGUCCCCCAUGAAACGCACAGAUCUGUUCACGCUGUUCAUCAAUAACGGUGCCAUUUUGUGCAUCACACUCAUUUUGGCAUGCAGCUAAACUUCCCCCAUUUGUUAUGGGGCGUUCCAGAAGCCAUACCAGUUGAAUGACAUAUCAAAUUUUCUUUUUAAUGUAUGCGUCACUAGGAAUUUGAAUUAUGAACUGCACCUCAAAAUAUUUCAUUAAGAAGUCAAACACAUCUUUUGUAUCAUUGUCAUUGGGUGUUUUGAACACUCUUCAGAAGAGAAUAGCUGCACAUUUGUUGACUUUUUAACAUGUUGUCUAUUUUUUCAUGACAUUGUCACCAUCAGUCUUGAAAUCACAGUUUUAUUGUUAUGAAAUUGUAGCAACACUACAGAAAAAUGCACUAUGUGGCCUCCUUUUUUGCUUGCUGCCAACCAAGCAUCAAUGUCAGUAGUGCGUUCUGUUUCCUGAGAAAUAAGUUUUCCCUUUUUUUGGACCCCUUUUUUCUUGGGAAUGCAGGGUACAUUAUGUGAGGUUAUGUACCGUGCCUGCAGUCUGAACACUGUAUAAAUGAGAAGCUGUAUUUCUGUGGUCAAUUUAGGGAACAUUAUACAGACUUGUUGAGCAAAUAGAAGUGAUCUUGUGCUUUAUUUUCACUGUGCUUUAAUGCAAGAACACCUCUUGUUAUGGUACACACACACACACACACACACACACACACACACACACACACGUAUGUACUGUAUGUAAUGUAACUUUAAUGUCACAGACACAUUUUCACCCAAUUGUAAAGUUUGUAAUGCAUAUGAUUGUGUUUUGUCAGAAUCAGGGAUGCAGUAAUAAAGUCAAUGGUGCAGUUCUGCUUGAAUUAAGUGCUCUAGAGCCAUAACAUAGUAAAUACACAAUCAGGUAAUUACAAUAUAGAGUCGUCUUGGGAAUUUAUAUCACUGGAUACAAGAUCACUUGGGUGCAUUGUCCAUUUAACAUAGCUUUUAUUUUCACUUCAACAACCUGUCUUUCCAUCAACGUAUUUCAUCAUUAUGUCCACUAGAGUUGGUCAGCCAAAUGAAAAGAAACAUGGGAAUAUAUAUGUAUGUGGAAAGCCUUCUAUGCAUUUGAGAUUUUCAGAGGGACAUAAUGCAGUGUAGUAUUUACUGAUCUAGUGUCUUAGACAAAAUUGUUAUUUAAAAAGUAGUAUAUAUAUAUAUAUAUAUAUAUAUAUAUAUCUACCUGAAAUACCACUUUAAAAAACACAAUGCCUGGUAAUAAUUUUGUAGAAUAUGUAUAGAGUUGUUUUUAAAAAAAAUGAAAAUGAAUUUUGUGUUAAAGAAUUAUUAAUUUAAAGAAGGAAAAAGGUUGAGUAAUGGUUGUAUUUUUACACUAGAACAUGGUUUAGUCUCACAAUGAAUUGAAGCCACUGAGUUCACUAUAUCUAAAGUAACUUUUUUGGGCACUGAUAUGAUAUUGUGUACAUGGCAAUAAAGAUAUCAGUGUUUUUUGAAA